AUGAUAGACAUUUCGAUUUUCCAGCUAGAAGCUCUGAAGCCGAGAUCUGUCGAGGCCGUCGCGUCUUCGGAGGUUUACCGCUUCAUCGUAGGCCCAGAGAAGAAGGAGUAUUAUAUCCAUUCCGCAGUUCUCGCGAACCACUCGCCAGCCCUCGACGCGAUGGUAAAUGGCGGGCUGCAGGAAUCUGGAGACCGAAUCGUGGAUUGGACAGACGUUGACUCCAGUGCUUUCCUCGGUCUGUGGCAAUUUUUGUAUUCGGGACGCUAUGCUGCUCCUGUCUUGAUCUCAAGGCUAGAUGAGGAUCUGCUUGAAACCGAGAUUCGAGAGGAAGAGGCAGGUACACUGCCAGAUUCUACACUGCCAGGUUGUACGCUGCCAGGUUGUAAAAUGCCAGGUUGUACAAUGCCAGAGUGUAUCCCCACAGGACUUUGGCUCGAAUUUGAAACAUUACGCCUCGCGGACUCAGAAGAUUCGGCCUCCCCUCAACCUAAAUCGGUGGGCAGGCGAGUAGUCAUGAAUUCAUAUGCAGAUCUGCUCCUCCAACAUGCCCGGGUGUGCGUGUUGGCAGACAAAUUCAUGAUCCCACUCCUGAAACAACUAGCUCUUACAGCCCUUCGAAAAGAAUUGAGGAUUCAUUUCUACGACCCCAAGAAGAUCCCAGAGAUAGCCCCGGAUGCUAUAGCUCUGCUUCAGUAUUGUUUCAACAACCCAGCCCCCGAGAAGCUGAGAACGCUCGUCAGCCUCUUCGCCGCCUGCAUCAUAACCGACCUGUGGAAGUGCGAGGGUUUUCAGGAUCUGCUGGAAAGCUCUAGAGAAUUCUCUACGGCUAUUAGCGGGUGCAUUGGCACGAAUCUAGACGGGAUACUGUUGAAGCGAUUGCUUGACAACUGA